UACUUUUUCAGAACUCGCCACUACCUCUACUUCGCAGGAAGUGGCAGCGCCCGGCUCUCUCUCUCAAGUCUAACUUUACCCACGUGCUGUGUGUGUUUUCUAUUCUCUGUUCAUGAUCGAAUUCGGAACCUGUUUGAUUCUUAAGUUAGAACUAGCGAUACUUGGAUACGCGUAAUAUAAGGAUUUAAGAAAUUGAUGGUGUACAUUUGUUAUAUGAAAAUAUAACGUCAAUGGAAUAAUAAUAAUAAUAAUAAUAAUAAAAGAUAAUAAUAACGAUAACAAAAUUGAAAAAGCAAAAACACAAUGAACUUUUACUAUUUCUUUUUUAAAUUUACUUUUACAUUCAAGACUUAUGAUGCAACCUCUAAACAACGAUUUAUCCAAAGAUUUAUAGAUUCUGUUCUAACAUUAAUCUAAAACGCAUCUAAAUUUCGCUCCAGGAGAAAAACAUUCUGUUAUUUUGAAGCUAAAAAAGAAAGGAACUAAAGAAUGAAACUUUCUUAGUGAAAACAUUCCAAGAUCAAGCAAGGUGGAUAUUAAACUACUGUAUUACAGAAGUGGAAGUUUAACUGUUGUGUUUCCAAGGAAUGGUACUAGAUACCAUGGACACACGGGUCAUUUGUGCAGAGUUCCUGGAACAUGGAUAAAGAGAAAACUUUUCUUCUUGUAUUAAUUUUCCGGUUAAUGGUGGAUUCUUUAUGGUGCAUAUCGCUCAAUAUAACGGGAUAAUGGUAUUAGCUCUCUUGGUGGUACUGACGACAACUGUUAUAAAAAGUGUCCAAGCGGGCACGGAAUGCACGCUGAACGACCGCCAGUAUGCAGUAGGUGAAACGUGGAACCCCAUACUCCAGCCAUUUGGCACCAUGCCCUGUGUCAACUGCACUUGUCUUCAGGGUGGUGAGGUCAAAUGUGUUAAUAAAAGGUGUCCGAGACCAAAAUGUGAUCUUCCCAAAAUACUCCCUGGAACGUGCUGUCCCACCUGUGAAGAUUUUGACAACCUUCCUCCUACAGUGGGAUUGGAGACGGCAGACGUGAACGCCACCCCGAGCCCCGGAUGUAAGCACGACGGCAAGCACUACGACGACGGCGUCAUGUUCCCUAGCAACAACACGGGUCUCCGCCCGACGCACUCCAACCAGUGCAUCAUGUGUGUGUGCACGGGAGGGCGUGUCUUGUGUCAUUUAAAGUCCUGUUCUCCAAUGAAAUGUCGCAAGUAUGUAAACACCACAGAUGACUGCUGCCAACGAUGCGAAGAAGAAGCUGAUUACGAAGACUAUUUGGAUUAUAUUCUUCAAGAUACACGUCCAGAUAAUCUCUCAGAUUCCGACUGCCUGUCGGCUAGCGGUAUCAGAACCAACGGAACUAUGUGGCACCCCGUGAUUGGACCGUUUGGAGAAAUGAAGUGCAUCAUUUGUAAAUGUAUGAACGGAGAGGUGGAGUGUAACCGGAUGCAGUGCGUACCGGACCGGAAGCUGCCAUGCAAGAGGCCUAGACUGGUAAAAGGCGCUUGUUGCAAGUCCUGUCCAGCUCGAAACCGAGGCCGACUGCGCCGCAGGAAGAAAGGACGAGGGUGUAAGGGGAGACAAAAAGACAAACGUAAAAGGAAGCGCUGCCAAAAACUACGGAAGAAGAACAGAAUCACGUCUGGCUCGCAGACGACAAGCGCCCCACCUGCUGCCAUCACCACGCCACUUCCGCCACCGAGAGUGACGCAUGCGCCGGAUUUCUUUGACAAUAUCUGUCUCCCUAAGAGAUCCGACAGACUUGUUUAUACGGCGGAAGGAAAACAUUUCUUCAUCAUCGGGUUUGACGUCACUACCGGACGAAGGGUGGAACUUUUAAAAUGGAGCAUCAGAAAAGGUCGUCUCUCUGAAAUGCUGAGAGAAAGCGUGCCAUCAGCGGAGUUUAGACAAAACGUCACCAAAAUGCAGAUUAUUGGUGCAUCUAAUAAAAGGAACUACAAGAAGUUCAAGAGGAAGUUGGUAAAGAAACUCGACCGCUGUAAAUCCAACUGUCGACGAAAGGUAAUUUUAGGAACUCUGAGAAAAUUGCGUCUGCGCAAAGUCAAAUUUGGCGGCAAAUGUAAAAACUAGAACCAAACGGCGUGCUCCUUGAUACGAAGAUACAGCAGUGUCCAUUAUCCGUGAAGUUUGUUGUUCAACGUAGGAGUAUUUCUCUCCUUCACAAGAGCACCAGCCAAUCAUUCUAAUUGACACAUGUUUUUUGUGAAAGCAUUGAUUUAUGUCUUUUUUGGUGAUUCUAUGCAAUACUGGGAGUUGGAAAUCAAGAAAUAUACUAAACCUAAAACAAAUGUAGACGAUAUGACUAGCUACAUUUGAGCUAAUAAAAUGAAAAAAAAAAACGAAGACAACAACACACAAAAUAAUUAUCUUGUUAUUUAAUAAAAUGACGUCAGAUGGCGCCACCUAUGACGUAUUUUAAGAUUUGUCUCCCUUUGUGCUACAGGACGAAGAAAUAAAAGUACGGUUGUGUUGGCAGUGAAGGUCAUGCAAUCUCAUUUUCUUAUUAUCCACGUGACGUGCCAUGUAAAUCCAUGUACAUAUAAAUGCUAUAAUGUCAUUCUUAAUAGACCAGAUUUUGAGAAACAGUAUUCGACUUUUGUGGUAAUAAACAAAUACCAAAGAAGCAGAAGAAAAAGAGGAUUUUGUUUUUGCAAAAUAUUGUCAUGUGUGGUGCAUCCGAAUGUUGAACGGUUACAGUGAAUGGUAUGUGUCUUCAAGUGUGUGAAUGUUAACAGGAAUCAUUUGACGAUAUCGCUUGAGUGAUGUUAACAGUGAACGUUCAUAUCGCACGAUAUAUACACCGCAAAAAAACAACAACACUGAACAAAGGAACGCAUAUUUAUGAAGAAAACCUUGGAAUAGUUUAAUGUGUGCAGAUAAACGGUGAAAACACAAACCGUGUGUGUGAUUCAGUUGAAGACUUUAUUUACGUUGUGAACAAUUACAGACAACCAAAGCUAUAUGUACAGUGAACAAAUAAAGACAAAUUAUUUGUGAGCAUUGAACACGCCAAAUCUUCUAUAUUUGUGAAUGUGAACAGUGAAGAGAUCACAAAUACACAUUUACCAACAUGGAGUGUGAUUAACUGGACAAAUGUGUCUGUUUAAAUUGUUGUCCGUGACAAGUUUAAGAUGUUAAUAUUGAUUUAGCAACGCUUAUUUGUGAAUAUUUUGAAAGGGGUAAACGCUCAAAUGCUUUAUCCAUGAAGAUUUGAACAGAGCGAUAAGCAUUGAUAGAAACAAAAUGUUUGAGCAUUUUAGGCGCACAUAUUUGGUCAUCCAAUAACAUUAGAGUCGGGCCCGUAGUGAAUUAUUUUCUUGGGAUUUUGUUUUUUUAAACGUCCAAAACUUUUCUAAAAGAGGUAUAUAUAAAGUAUUUUCCUUUUACAAUGUGGAGUCGAAUGUUUGUUUUCUUUCGUUAUUUCUUUCUCUCUUUCUUUCUAUCAUUGAGUUUGCUUUUUUUAUUUACUUAUAUAUUUAUGUAUUUAUUAUUUAGUAGCUUAUUUUGAAAGGGAUUUUGUUUAGUUGUUAAAUGUUUGGGUUUUUCUCUUUCUUCUUGUUGUUUUAUUUAUAAUUAUUUGGGGGAUUUUGUUUGUUUGUUUUGUUUUUCUUCUUCAUUCACUUUCAUUUUUGAUGGAAUAGCCACUUCGCUGCAUAUUUAGAUUUAGUGCCCAUCCUAGUGAAAUAAUUAAUAACUUAUUUGACUAUCCAUGAUAUGGAACAUCUACUACAUUUCCCCCAACCCUUUUCUCUUAAGGCCGUUUCACACUUAACGCCGAAACGAAACCGAAACCGAAACGACAACGAUUUGUAUCGUUUCGUUUUCGAUAGACCUUUUACAUAUGAACCGAUGCUUCUUAAUGUACCUGAACGAAAUCCAUGAAAUACUUGUUAACAUAACAGUUUGUUCAAUAUGUAGUAGUAUUCUGGUGUAAUCACAUGUACUUUGCAUAGACUAAAUAUUGGAAUGCAGUGAUGUUUAACAGAGUAAUAUGGAUGUAGAUACAGACGACAGCGAAGAUGAAGUGUUCGCGAUGGGGUAUUUUAUUUUAAAGAGACAAAAACGUCGACGACGAAGAAUGUGGGUACAUGAAAUCAACACUAGACGCAAAGAACCUUUCAUGGCUUCCAUGAUUAAAUUACUUAUACACGGUCAACACAUGUGGUGGUGUAUAUGUGUGUGUGUGUAAUGAUGCAGAGACUGGCAACUAUGGCUAUUUUUGGCUGCCGAAACCGAAAUCAUUAAAAAUUCACAUUGUGCAUGUUUUCAUUUCGGCAUACGGUUUCGUUUCGUUUCGUUUUCGGCUCAAGUGUGAAAGCCCUCAUUUGUUUAAAGGAUUCUAAUUUUUUCAUUGUGUUUUCGGUUUCGUUUCGGUGUAAGUGUGAAACGGCCUUUAGUGUUAAAACUAAUUUCCAACCCAUAACUAACAACUGGCAUUAUUUUGGACCGGUUAUGUUGGGAAUAUUUACUAGAGCACAUGGUGGGUAUGGAGGUGGGUGUGGGUAUGGGGUCGGUAUGGGUAGGGGGUGCAUUUUUACGUAAUACUAUUAUAAGCAUCUUAAUACACUAGCCUGGUCCCAAUUAGGCUAUCAACGACCCUGGUUAAAGGGACAUUCCCAAGUUUGCUGCAUUGUAAGAUGUUUCUGAAUAAUAAAAUAUUUCUACGAUUAAACUUCCAUAUUAAAUAUUUUUUUUAUUUAUUUAGAAUAUCACUGUCUG